GAAGCUGCCGGACGACCAGAGCUUCAUAAACUGCGCCAACGACAAUUGUGCCUGGACUUCCAUAUUCAAUUGUGCGAUUGCCAUAGAAUUCGCUUCUAAAAUGUUUACACCACGGUUCGCAACCUCCAUCGGAUCUGCCGGCGCUUCUCAUCGCGCAUCACAAUGUCUUCGUCAACAACGAGUGCAAGCCACACGGUCCAGUAGACCUGCUACCACAAACUCCGCACCAUGUCGAACACAGCAGCAGAGAUGGCAAUCUACACGAGGAGCACAACCUAAGGUUAACCGCUCCAAAGGCUCAUUCACGAGGAAUGCCAAAAUACUCUUUCGAGCACAUCCAUAUAGCAUGACCGGAGCUACAAUAGCGUAAUUGACACCUUACAUCCGUCUGCUUUCAUUUUACGGCUUUGAUGUGCAGUGCUAAUACAGCAUUUGCAAAUACAGUAUAGGAUUCGGAGUCUUUUGUCUAGGAUAUAUCAAUUGGUGGUAUAACAAGUACAUAAUCGACGGCUUCAAAGCCUUUCCCGAACCUGUAGCAAAGCAAUUGCGCAAGGCCCUCUACUACACCAAUAUGUCGCUCGAACCUAAGAAUGCUAUUAAAUACUACAAAGAGGCUUUACGAGUUGCAGAUGAGAUGGGUAUGGAUCCAUUUUCUGACGAGUAUCUUGGAAUCAAAAUAUCUGUUUGUGUUUUAUUAGAGAAAAUUCAAGCCUAUGACAAGGCGAUUGGUGUGUACGAAAUUAUGAGAGAUGACUGUGGGAAAUGGAUGGAGCAACUGGGAGAUUUGGAGAGGAAUAUUGGCAAGAGAACGAGAGUGCUUAGGAGGAUGGUAGAGAUCAGUGUCAAAAUUGCCGAUUUAUACAACGGGGAAUACGUUUUACAACCAGAUAAGGCCGAGGAAAGCUUGGUGUAUGCAGUGGAAACUAUAUUAAAGGAACAAAUGAGGAGACAGAAAGAGGGAAUCAGACCUGGGGAAGAGGUUUGGUUAUCGGACGAAGAGAUGGGCGGAACUUUUGAAGCUCUUGCACAUCACUAUGAAGCAACCGAUAAACACCACCUUGCCGCACCCCUAUUCCUCCAAGCUAUCGCUCUCUCUACCCCAGCUACCUGCCACACAGCCGUUCUAAUGAACAAUCUCUCCAUCUCACUGGCCCAGCAAAAUCCACCACCAGAACUAGGCCAACCCAUAAUAUCCCGCUCUCAACAAAUCAAAAAUGCCCGCGCAUGGGCUACCAAAUCCCUAGAAAUUUGUGCCAAAAUAGCACCCCCAGAAAGAACCGAAGAAUGUGAUCUCGGAUGUGCUGUUGCGACACAUAAUCUAGGAGAAUUCGCAGAAAUGGAUGGGAAUAUCCAGGAAGCUAGGAGAAGAUAUGAAGAAGCGAGAAGCUUAGCGAGUGCGAUGGGAUUUAAGGAGGGGGAGGCACAGAGUGAAGAGAGGUUGGCGAAGAUUGUCGGUAGGCAGGAGAUUGUCAAUAGGGGUUGAGUUGGCCUGGCGAGGCUUGUAUUCUGAAAUUAUGAAGUGUCUCUGAGAGGUAGUAAGAGGAUUACCUUUAGCCACAGGUUCAAUCUGGGCCCUUCUAUACUUUAUAUGGAUUUCCACACUGCAAGAGCAGCACAUCCCGCAUGCCAAUAUACCAAAUUCAACUCCCCUGUCGCUGUGUAAAGA